AUGUCGAAUGCUGAAGAGGUUGACCUUCCCGUCGAAGAGAACCUCGAGGACUACGUGAACACUGCCCGGUUCGACCAGGAGUGCUCCACAAAGGCACACUUGCACGCCUCAUCCUCGGAUGAAAGCAGUGAUUCCUCCGACAACGAGAGCAUCUGGUCUAGCUCCACCAGCGAACCCACUGCUACCACGGUUGAAAGUGAUCCCUACAAACCUUCCAGGAUCGAAGCUCAUCUCUACUAUGCGGGUCUCCGCCCAAAGGGUCGCGGGCCCAAGCUCGUCUAUAGAGAUUCCUCUGACGUCUAUGAGGAAUUCUCUGGCCCCGAGGAAUACAAGCGACUCAUGAGACUGGUUGCCGUUCCAGACGAUCCGAGUUCGGGAAGGAUGGCUUGUGGGAUAGGGUCCGUCGUGGAGCUACUCGACGCAAAGAAUGUCGAACCCACAUGUGUCGACUUUAUUCGAUUCACCUGGCUCAACAAGAAGAAGGACCGGGAGAUCGAGGAGGGCGAGGACGAGGACGAGGACGACAACGACAACGGCGAUGAAGAAGAUCUCGACUACGACGCCAUGGCUCCCAUCAUGCCUGUCGAAGACGGCGACCGUUACACCACCAACCCUACCAUCUGGGUGGGUGUAGCGCCCGGUGCUCUCACCGCUACCGCUGCGUUCGACGUAACCAAAGAUAUUCGCGCCUUCCUUGACGGUCUCAAUGUCACCAAAAUCGACAUCGCAUAUCGCGAGACAGUCCCCAAGUCCUCACCCGGUCACGGGUCAGCUCUCUUCCCUACCGUCGAAGACGGCGAGCCUCUCAAGGAGGUCAUCGACAAUGUCUCCGUCGCGCUCAGUCUUCCUAUCUCUGGUCUGAAGACCACGAUGCAAGGUACUAUGGGACCUUACUUCCACGCCGGCAACAGGCUUUUUGCCGUCACCAUCCGUCAUAACCUGUUCCGUCCCGAAGCGGGCAACGCGGAAUAUAGGUACCAUGGAUCUGGACCCAAGAAGGAUGUCGUUCUGAUGGGCAACCCUGCCUUCACGAAUUACCUGGUCUCCAUCCAGGCACAUAUUGGAACGCUCCUUGAAACCGUCAAAUUUAUCGAGAGAAAAAUCAACACGCUCACAAUCAGGGUGCGGGAUCGAAUCAACCUCCCAGAGUCGCAGACCAGGCUCGACGAGAACGUGGCCGAGCUCGAGAAGGUCCGCACAAAGAUUGACGUGUUCAAGGAUUUCUACGUGAACAUCAAGAAAGGGUGGAGUAAGAUCAAGCAGCGUGUCAUUGGAUACGUCGUCUGGGCGCCCCCUAUCGGUGUUGGUGUUACACCUCACCAGUACACGCGCGACCUUUGCGUCGUUGAGUUGUAUAAAGAUAGGUUCAUGCAUCUCACCGGAAACGUGCUCAGUCUUGGUCCCGAGCACACCCCAUUCAAGCUCAAGGGGUUACUACAUGAACGCGACAAUGUCCCGUCCGGUUUCAAGUACCCUGAAGAUGGUCUGCUUCGUCUCCAAGGCAUACUCACCGCCGAGCAGGUCAGGAACCCUGACACGAAGAACCUCCAAGGCGACCCCGUUCGUCGUGUUCUCAAGCGUGGCUUCACUACCAACACCACCGUCGGCACAGCCACCAGAUUUAUGUCCUUUGUCCGAAAAUACUUCCCCACCGGCAAUCUAGAGUCGAUCGAGUUGCCCAUUACUCCUCACGAAAACGAGACUGGCACGUUCUCCAAGGGAGGUGAUUCUGGGUCCACCAUCGUCUCCCCCCUCGGCGAGUUUGUUUCCUUGCUCACCGGCGGGACCAACAAAGGCACUGACGGCUCCGAUAUCACUUACUCUACUAUGUUCGAGUGGGUGUGGGAGCUUGUGCUUGCGGAGUUCCCUGAUGCAAACUUAUACUGGGACGACAUUCCGGCCUUCUUGGCCGCAGCGGCGGUCUAG